CGAUAAUGUGCCAGCAGGAAAUAAAAGUAUAAAAUACCAUUCACGAAUUUGGUCGAGCAAUUUCUUCCGAGGACAGGAAAGCAAAGUUUAUAUCUAUGGAUCUCACUGCGUUGAAUAGAGUGAGAGACGAGAAGGUGUAUGGCGAGAUCAACAGCUCCGUGGAGAUCGUGAUCGAUGGAGAACACACAGAGAAAGAGUCUGAUUUGUCAGAGGGAAAAUUGCCCGAAGGUGUCGCAGAGGCAGAGAGGGGUGAAAAGAGAAAAUGUGGAGGUGCGGAGGCUGGACCAAGUGGUGAAGAGUUGGGCGGCAAAAAAGACGAAAGUUCCGCUACGAAGAAACUCAAAAUUGCCUCAACAUCAGAAGGAUUAAGCUACGAAGUCGUGGAUGAAGAAGAGCAAAUAGAGCCAGCCCUUGAGAAACUCCGUAAAGGACUCCCUCUCUUGGCCGUCGACUUAGAGGGGGAGAAACUCAACCGGAAGGGUGAGCUCGCCAUCGUGUCCGUUGCAACGGAGAAUGACACGUUCUUGUUCGACAUCAAGACGUUGGGAUCCAAGGUGUUCGACAAAGGCCUGAUGGACCUUCUUCAGGAUCCGGACCGUCAGAAGUUGAUGUUUGACUGCCGUCAGGACUCGGACUGUCUCUGGCAUAAAUACAACGUCAAACUGACCAAUGUGCUGGACUUGCAAUUGAUGGAGGUCAUCCACCGAGGUGAUGCAUCAACCCAUCAACAGUUGAACCUUCGUACAAACAAACGAGUUCUAGAUGUUCCAAGAGUUCUCGGCUUUCAGAAAUGUCUCGAAGACUACGUCAAAGAUGAAGAUCUCAUCAAGGCAAAGAAAGGAUUGGAAAGUCACUCAGAUGGUGUGUGGUUGACCCGACCUCUUCGCAAGUCAUUUCUACGGUAUGCUGCAGCCGAUGUAAUCGGCAUGCUGCGGUUGUUCAAAGUACUGAGCGAAACAGGGAACGUUCUGAAUUUACUGCGGGAUGUUUCGAAUAGAUAUGUCGAUUUCUACCGAUUGAAAGAAGACCGUUCCUACGAUAAUUACGAAGGGAACCCAUUCCUGCCCUGGCGUAUUUUCCAGAGCUAUUAUAGCACAGAAGUCAAGUGCGUGGGUUGCAAGCGCCUAUUUCCCAGUGCGGACUUCACAACCACCCAAAAGCGGGAAGGGGUACAGAAAUGCCCAGUCUGCAGGAAGGUUAAAAAUGUGAAAGAUGUACAGAAAAGUAGAGAGUAUAACUGGAAUCGUGAAUUCGAAUGUGACGAAUAUUAUGAAGACCCUUUGUUUUAGAAAACAAACUAAAAAUUACUCCAAAGGUCUCAGAGGAAUGAAGAAGAACAGUUCCUAAAAAAAAAAUCAUCAGAUUGAAUUUAAAAAAAACGAAGGUGCCGUGAAUUAUCCGAGAAAAAAACGGUUGGUGAAUAAUAAUACAAAUUAUUGGGAUUCUUUUUAUACUUCCACCCGUAUACAAGACAACAUUAUCGAACACAUAAAAACAAAUCGGUUCCAAUUAUUCUCGAGUUUUUUUGACAUAAAGACAAUACAUUCAAGUUAUCGAUAAAAGUUGUAAAUAAUCGAUGAAGAAUCGAACGUAAAUGUAUUGCCUUCGUCCGUGAACGGAAGCGUGUUUUGCGGAAAUAGGGUACAUGUUUGAUCGGUAUUCGGGUAAUUUGUUUCUUGACUCGAUUAGAAUCCUUUAAAGUCAAAUAAAUGGCUGUUAUUCAUUCGUUUCUUAACUGUUGCUUGGGAGGACUUUUUUAUACCAAUAUUAUUUGAUUCUUAUUAAUAAUUUACACUUUGCUUGGUUGGUUUUUAAGGCCACCAAAAUGGUGAAAAUAGUGGAGACGCAAAGUGCGAAAGAGCGUUCAAAAAAUAGCCGUACAGAAAAAAAAAAGUUAUGAAACACAGUUCCUGGCACAAAUUCUGGUGUUAAGACCUUUGUCUAUAAAGAAUACAAAAACCUACUCCUAAACAAAUUCUCUGACAAACACCUGGAAAAGGGUUUGUUUUAGUCCUAAAAUAAUAUACACGUGAUAGAUCAGAGCACCCCUUUUUGUGUUCCUUAAUAGUUCCAUUCUUUGCACCCGUUCACUGACCGCAAUUGUAACUUAUCCACUUGCUAUGCUAAUUUGCCAACCAAGUCGAUACGCCCUCACCGACGCGUUCGAUACAGAGGACUCAACCAGUAAACAUGUCUCGUUUUAUUCCUCUACAUUUCAGGUAAUUACUUCUUUAUUAUUGUCCUUCUAUAUUCACCCAGUGCAUACAACAUUAUCAUAGAACAUUUAUUAUUAUCUUUAAAUCAAGUAUUUUGAAGCUUUCUUGCCUAAAAAGAUCUUGCGUUCCUCAAUUGACAACUCUUUAUCAUAGCUGGGCCACUGCUCUUGAUGUUUCAAAACCGCCCCGCAUUGAUGCUAUAUUUCUUGAUUGGUCAAAAGCUUUUGAUCGCGUGAGUCACACAGUUCUUUUGAACAAAUUACAUAAAUAUGGUACUUGUGGCUCAAUGUUGCACUGGUUUAAGUCUUAUCUUUCAAACAGAUUACAGCGGGUUCAGUUUAUGGGUUUAUCAUCUGACUGUGGGCUGCAGUUCAUUCUGGCGUGCCACAGGGUGCUGUUCUAGCACCUAUUCUUUUCAAUAUCUUUGCUUUUGAUUUACCAUUUUGCAUUCAAUCUAAUCUCCGUCAGUAUGCAGAUGACACUGUCUUGUACAGAGUCAUUAAAAAUCAAGAUGAUGAAGUGGCACUCCAGGAUGACCUGCAGCACAUAAACACUUGGUGUAUUCUAAACUGUAUGUCUUGAAACCCAAAUAAGUGUAAAUUAAUGACUGUGACCAGGUCUAGAAACACUGCUAAACCACUGUAUAAAAUUGCUGAAAACACUUUGGAAAAUGUGGAUAGUUACAAAUACUUGGGUGUUAUUAUCUCCAGGGACUUAAGCUGGAAAACACAUGUUAAUAAAGUCAGUUCCAAAGCCACUAGACUCAACGGAUUUAUUGGUAGAGUAGUUAAAACUAGAAACCCUUACAUUCUGACUUUACUUUAUCGCUCAAUUAGCAGACCCAUACUUGAAUACGCAGCUCCAGUCUGGUGCCCUGCUCUUUCGACUCGGCAAAAAACGCUGGAGAAGGUACAGAGGCGAUUCACCCGUUUUUGUUUGGGUCUGCCGAGAAGGGUUUUAAUUGAUUCUGUAAAUGAAAUUGAAUAUUCUGACAGGUUAAUCAACAGGGUUCAUUUCCUUUCAAUUACGUUUGUUAUUAAAUGUUUAUAUAACAAAUUUGACAUUGACACGGACACUCUAAUUCCCAUUAACUGUAGACAUAUCGAAUCUGUUAAAUUUGUCCAUCAUCGGGCUCGUUCCAAUGCUGCCCAUCAUUCUCUUUUUCACAGAUUCCCUAGAUUAUGGGACGAACUACCGGCCUGCAUUAAAGAUACAAUUAUCCAUAGCUUAUCCUCCUUCACAAAUUCCCUCAGGAAUCAUUUAUUAGUCCCUGGCGAGGAGGUCCCCUUGACCAAAACAGUGUAACUUUCUAGUUGCCUUGCCCAUUCAAAUACCUUGCUGCUGUUUUUUAUUUCUCAAAUUUAUAGUGCCUUUUGCAUAAUUAACUAGAAUCUCUCUUUUAACGAUUUUG